AUGGUGCACAUGGAAGUUCUGAGUGUGCAGGCUGUGAAAGCGAAGUGGGACAUGACCUCCGAUGAACGACUUGAGAGGGGAAAGCUGCGCCGCGAGCAGGCUGGACAGCUCUUCCGAAGGGGUAGAGUGCGCCUGGCCGCCGCUCACUACGAGACGGUGGGAUCCCUGGUUCUACGACCGGAGGAUUUCCAGGAGAAGCGAGAGGAAGCGACUGAGCUCCGGCGUGUGGCCUACCUGAACCAGGCGGCAUGCCUCCUACAGCUCGGUGAAGCGGCAAAGGUGAAGGAGCUCUGUGGCAAG